UCGGAGGAUAUUCGGUUGGACCCAGACUUGUAUGAGCCGUGUCGAUCCGACAUCAGCCGACUUUGUCCCAACGUGAACUUUGGUAACGCUCAGAUGAUCGAGUGUCUGAAGGAGCAGAAGAAGCAGCUCGGUCAGCGCUGUCACCAGCGGAUCUUCAAGCUGCAGGAGGGCGAGAUGAACGACCCCGACCUCGACUACCAGCUGAUGAGGGUCUGCAAGCAGAUGAUCAAGCGGUUCUGCACCGAGGCCGACGCCAGGAACGUUCUUCAGUGUCUGAAACAGAACAAAAACAGCGAGCUGAUGGAUCCUAAGUGUAAACAGACGAUCACCAAGAGACAGAUCACACAGAACACAGACUACAGGUUGAACCCGGUGCUGAGGAAAGCCUGUCGAGCCGACAUCCCAAAGUUCUGCCAGCCCAUCCUGAACAAGGCGACCGAGGACAGUGAGCUGGAGGGUCAGGUCAUCACCUGCCUCAAACUCAAAUACGCUGACCAGAGGUUGUCUCCAGACUGUGAGGACCAGAUCCGGGUGAUCCUGCAGGAGUCGGCGCUGGACUACAGACUGGACCCACAGCUGCAGAUGCACUGCUCAGACGAGAUCUCCAGGUUGUGUGUGGAGGAGGCAGCAGCUCAGGAACAGACUGGUCAGGUGGAAGAGUGUCUGAAAUUUAAUCUGCUGAAAAUCAAACAAGACGCCUGUAAAAAGGAAGUCCUGAACAUGCUGAAGGAGAGUAAGGCGGACAUCUUUGUGGACCCCGUCCUUCACACCGCCUGCGCCCUGGACCUCAAACACCACUGUGCUGCCAUCACACCCGGCAGAGGACGACAGAUGUCAUGUCUGAUGGAGGCGCUACAGGAUAAAAGAGUCCGUCUACAGCCCGAGUGUAAGAAAAGACUUCAAGACCGAAUUGACAUGUGGAGCUACGCUGCAAAGGUGGCGCCAGCAGAGGGCUUAUCAGACCUGGCUGUGCAGGUGAUGAUGUCGCCCUCUAAGAACUACAUCCUGCUCAUGAUCACACUGAGCGUGGGCGUCCUGUUCCUGGUGGGGCUGCUGUGCGGUCGCAUCACAAAGCGAGUGAUGAGAGACCUGAAGGAUCGGUAGAGAACAAAGAUAAGACUCACUCCUCGCAUCGUCCUGUACCUUCCUCCUCCUCCUCUUCCUCCUCUUCCUCCUCCUCUCUCAGAUGCCCGAUCUGUAACCAGCCAGCCUGCACAGUGCCAACGCCAGUGGUCACAUCUGGAUCCCGUCCUUGGUUUAAAACUCUUUGUUUGGCUGCUGCUGCAGAUUUGCAUCAAAUGCAAAAGUUUUCCCAACGCUCGUGAAAAUCUUUCAUCUUUAUUUGGACGUCUCUGAACAAGAGAGCACCGAUUGUUUGACUCGCCCCCAAAACAGAUCUGUUCCCCCGAGGUUGUUGUCUGGGGUCGGGUGUGAAUUCGUCCAGCUUCCUCUUAAGUUCCUGAUGUGACGGCUGCUUCUGACGUUUGGAUUUUUUCCACCCGUUUAGUCCUGAUGCUUUUUGUGGUAUUUCGAGGAGCCCGGAGCAUGUGGAGCAACAGGAAGUAAUUUCUUUCUAAAAAGACUGCGGCUGCUUGAAUCGCACACGGCGCAACUUUGAAUCUCGUGGGAAGAGAAGAUUUUGUUGAAUUCCGAGACGUUCCCGUUGCUUGGGAACAUUUCUCAUGACGUCCUCUUCGCUCCUGCGCAGCAUCGUGUCACCGGGUUCGACUCUGCGUUCGGACCAGUUCAGACCCUCCGCUACUGAAAAACUCCCUGACUGAACACCAAGGUCAAGCUGGUGUCUGUCAUCAGGAAUGUUGUGUGCACAUGUGUUUCAAAACGUCAUUUAAACGCUGAUUAAAAUCAUUGCACUUUUUU